AUGCUGUCUCUCAUAUUCAAAUAUUUUUACAACUCAUUUCUUGAUUCUAUCUUUUCUUCGAUCAUUUCUAUUCUUUUCUCUAUAUUUUUCUCUUUUAUUCCUUUUACUUUUUCUACCACAUUAUCUGUCUCUCCCACCAUCACCACAAUUACCAUCAUCAUCAUCAUCUCUCUUUCACCCACACUCUCAUUUUUAUUAUGUCUCUUUAUGAUUCUCUUUCUCGGCAGGUUUAUUUUCCAUAGAUUCUUUUUGUCACUCUCUUUUUCCGCCGUUUCUUUGCUUUUCUCUACUAAUCUUUUUAUUUUUCUCUCUUUUACUUCUCUUACUUUCUCUACCAGAUUAUUCUUUUUCCCUCACGUCUUCAUCACCACCACCACCACCAUCCUUGCUAUCAUUAUUUCUCUCUGUCACUUCCUUUUCUCUACUAAUCUCAAUUUCCCCCCCCACUUUUAUUUCUCUCAUUUUCUCUAUCACCAUCACUACCCUCUUCCUCCCCCUCUCUGCCAUUUUUUAUUCUCUUUUGCAUCUCUCUAUAUAACCCUUUCCCUGUCUCUAUUUGUUUUCUGUAGUUUCUUGUUUCUCUCUUUUCUUUUCCCUACAUAUCUCUUUAUUUUUCUCUCUCUUUUGAUUCUCUUACCUUCUCUGUCACAUUACUUUUUUCUCCUGUCAUCAUUACCUUCACUAUCGUCAUCCUCCUCUUCCUUUCACCCUCUCUGCCAUUUUUUAUUCUCUUUUACCUCAUUUUCUAUAACUCUUUCACUGUAUCUCUAUUUGUUUUCUAUAGUUUCUUGCUGUCACUCUCUUCUUCCAACAUUUCUGUUCUUUUUCUCUAUAUAUCUCCUGGCUGUGACAGUGUCUGUAUCCAUCACAGCUGCCAUGUCAAUAUGUAUUAUUCGAUGUAAGGAUCGGAGAAAUGCUUCUGACAAUGAUGAAGCGAAUCCACCUUGUAAAUGUGUCGUCGAACAUGGAAAAUUCACAUGUUCUUCACAGCAUUCCUCCUCUGACUGGGCCUCCGACAUCCCCGUCGGCCUCUCAGAAUCCUCAAGAAGUCUGUCAAGAAGAUCAAGGAGAGGACUCUACCCUAGGGGAGAGCUGAGUAAUGGACAGAAAACUGUAGAUGACGAUUAUCAGGUGAGUGCAGAUAUUGCUAAAUGUAAUUGUUUUCUUUCAUGUCUUCGGGCAUGCCAUGCUCAGAGAUUAUAUUAG